UGCGCGGCGGAGAGCAGCCUGCGCGCAGGCAGCUGUGGAAGAGAGGGAGGAGGAGGACGGUGGUACCCAAAGCGCCGCCGUUUCUUAUCUGGGAUCAUCCGGAGGCGCGUGCCGGCUGAGGCAUGGGCUGCGCUCCCAGUAUCCACGUCUCUCAGAGCGGGGUGAUCUACUGCCGAGACUCAGACGAGUCCAAUUCCCCGCACCAGACCACCACCAUCUCUCAGGGCACCGCCACCACGCUGCACGGGCUCUUCAUCAAGACCGAUGCGGCCGAAACCAUCCCGUCCGUCAUCGCCUACCAGAGCCGGCACUCCCGCAACAACUCGUACCGGGAUCGCAGGGAGAACAGCGGGGCGCACGUCCGCAUCGAGGCCGAGACACAGACCAGCCCACACAGCGUCAAGGUUUCAGCUACAGAAGAAUGUGUAGGACCAAUGAGACUCACUCAAGAGCCAGUUCAGGUUCUGCUGGUGUUCGCCAAGGAGGAUAGUCAAAGCGAUGCGUUCUGGUGGGCUUGUGACCGUGCUGGGUUCCGGUGUAACAUCGCACGGACACCAGAGUCUGCCGUUGACUGUUUCCUCGACAAGCACCAUGAGAUUGUAGUCAUUGACGGACGUCACUCAUGUUACUUUGAGCCUGAAGCUGUCUGCCGGUUGAUCCGCGCCACAAAACCUUCUGAAAACACAGUUAUCCUUGCCGUCGUGCCACAAACACCCCCUGACCAGGAGGAGCCAUCUGUUCUUCCUCUCCUUUGCGCUGGAUUUAGCAGAAGAUUUGUGGAGAACAGCAGUGCGUCUGCCUGCUAUAAUGAGCUCAUACAGAUUGAACACGGAGAGGUCCGCUGCCAGUUUAAACUCAGGGCUUGUAAUUCUAUCUUUACUGCUUUGGAUCACUGUCAAGAAGCUGUAGAGAUCACUAGCGAAGACCAUAUAAUCCAGUAUGUGAACCCAGCAUUUGAGCAAAUGAUGGGCUACCACAAAGGGGAGCUGAUAGGGAAGGAACUGACUGAACUCCCAAAGAGUGAGAGGAACAGAGCCGACCUGCUAGACACCAUCAACACCUGUAUCAAAAAAGGAAAGGAAUGGCAAGGUGUUUACUAUGCCAGAAAGAAAUCAGGAGACAGUAUACAGCAGCAUGUGAAGAUAAUGCCUGUCGUAGGUCAAGGGGGGAAGAUUCGACAUUUUGUAGCCAUCAAGAGACUGCACAUUGACAACAACAAUCAGGUCCACAAGUUCAACAAGGAAGACCGAUGCAGCGGAGACCAUUCUCACUCAGAGUGCAAUUCACUACGUCACAGGGACCGGAGGAAAGAUUCACUUGAUGCCAGAUCCCUCAGCUCUCACAGCAGUGAUGCUCCCAGUUUGCAGAACAGAAGAUAUUCUUCCGUCGCCAGGAUUCACUCCAUGACAAUUGAAGCUCCCAUCACCAAGGUGAUCAAUAUCAUCAAUACCGCCCAGGAGAGCAGUCCGGUGUCGGUGGCCGAGGCUCUGGAACGGGUGCUGGAGAUCCUCAGAACCACCGAGCUCUACUCCCCUCAACUCGCCUCCAAAGAGGACGACCCCCAUACCAACGACCUGGUCGGGGGGCUCAUGAGUGAUGGGCUACGCAGACUCUCUGGGAAUGAGUACGUCUUCUCCAAAAAUAUGAGCCAGAGCCAGCUGGCCAUCCCAGUAAAUCUGAGCGAUGUCCCGCCAUCCAUCGCGGAGAUGCUGAAUGAUGAGGAAUGCUGGGAUUUCAACAUCCUGGAUCUGGAGGCAGCGACACACAAGAGACCACUCACUUACCUUGGGCUCAAGAUCUUCACAAGUUUUGGAGUGUGUGAGUUCCUGAACUGCUCAGAGGCCACGCUGCGCUCAUGGCUGCAGCUCAUGGAGGCCAGUUAUCACUCGUCUAACUCCUACCAUAAUUCCACACAUGCUGCAGACGUACUGCAUGCCACGGCCUACUUCCUACGCAAAGAGAGAGUCAAGAGCAAUCUGGACCAGCUGGAUGAGGUGGCGGCCUUGAUAGCAGCCACGGUACACGAUGUGGACCACCCAGGGAGGACCAACUCGUUCCUGUGCAACGCUGGCAGUGAACUGGCGAUCCUCUACAAUGACACAGCCGUGCUCGAAAGCCACCACGCCGCCCUCACCUUUCAGCUCACCAGCCGAGACAGCAAGAGUAACAUCUUCAAGACCAUUGAAAGGAAUCAGUUCCGAACUCUGCGGCAGGCCAUCAUCGACAUGGUUCUGGCCACAGAAAUGACCAGGCACUUUGAGCACGUCAGCAAGUUUGUCAACAGCAUCAACAAGCCAACGGGGGCCAUAGAAGACAGCAGCUCAAUUACCAUGAACACUGACUGUGAAGGUCAGGCAAAUUUCAGAAACUCUCCAGAGAACCGGCUACUGAUCAAGAGGAUGCUGAUCAAGUGUGCAGAUGUGUCGAACCCCUGCAGGCCACUGGAGCUCUGCAUUGAGUGGGCGGGACGGAUCUCUGAGGAGUACUUUGCACAGACCGAUGAGGAGAAGAGACAGGGCCUGCCGGUGGUGAUGCCGUGUUCGACAGGAACACCUGCAGCGUGCCCAAAUCUCAGCUCUCUAUUCAUAGACUACUUCAUCACUGAUAUGUUUGAUGCCUGGACGCCUUUGCCAGCCUGCCGGGACUCGUGGAACAUCUGUCGGAUAAUUACAAAUACUGGAAGAGUUUGGAUGAGAUGAAGUGUAAGAGCCUGCGUCCUCCUCCUCCUUCCUGACCGAUUCCCACUUGACCGUUCUCGUCCGUCGCUCUCAGUAGGUGGGACAGCGAAUGUGGCGCUGCGGCGGCGACACAGUCCAUCUCUCCGGCUGUCGUUUGACGCCGCUCUGUUCGGACAUGUGGACAGCUUGAAGCUGUCAGUCGGACUGCGAGAGCGGCUCUGGAGACGGACGCUUAGAAUCACAACGCUCCUUCUUCCUGUGUGGUUUCAGCCAGAGGUGGCGCUCUACCAACGGAGACGUCCGUUGUACGGAUUCCAAACAGCAAACGUGUGACCUGUGGAGGACCCGGCUCACCGGAAUCGAAACCGUACAGGGCGGUGCACCCGAAGCCUGCACUUUAGUGAAUCAACCAUUUGAAUUUGGAGAUUGUUGCUUGUUUGUGCCAUUUUUGUCUGACCAAAUAAAAAAAAAAAUUAUAAUAAUUUAAUUCACUGAAAACCUAACGUGAAUGAAAAGACUGUAGCUGCUUCACACCGUCAAAUAUUUUAGAUGGUCAACCGGCGAAGCUUGACACAUGUUUUCACACCGUGUCUCUGUGUUUGUUUUUGAAAUGUGGACCGAAAGCUUUGGUCUGACCUGGAACAUAAAGCAGAUCCAUUAUGGACUGGAUCUGGAAAGGGCCGGUGAGGUGGAGGCUGUGUGUGGCUGAAGAACAAAAAAUAAAUAACUCAAUAAAAAGUACAAGAACUAAUUUCAUGAAAUUUAGUCAAAGACUGAGCAUAUCGAAGAAGUAUUAGCUUAAAUUAGAGGACGAUCCAGAUAACUGGCAGAACAUUUAAAAAAAUGUUAACAUGGUAAAAGCUCUUUCAUGAAUUAAAAUAAUUUGACUAACUUUGGUGAAAAUCUUGGCCCUGCUCUGGAAGGUAUACUCCACUUUCAGACAGAUCUGGAGAAACAUGAAAAGUUUAUUUCCAAAACAUGAUAAACUGCAAUUUCAAAAAUUCCAAAAAUGUGCCAGUUUUAUGCCAGCAUUGGUCAAUACUGACAUGUCUCAAUUUUGUUUUGUUUCCCCACAAAACAGACUAUUGUCAUGGCUCACUCCACACAAACUGUAGCAAAUCCUUUGGACCAAUAAGAGUCAGCUAUGGUGACCACCACAAGUACUGUCCUGAUAGUAUUUGCCCUGAGGUUAUUUGACUCUUGCUUGCCUCUACUGGUGGUUG